AUGGGCCUCGACGUCUCUGACAUGCUGACCAAGACCAACUCGCCAUUCUACGGCAUUGUCCCAGGCAAUGCGGCUGUACCCCUCGGUCAGGUGGUUUUGCCAGUUACCUUUGGGACUAAGGAGCACUACCGCACCAAGUACAUCAAGUUCGAGGUCGACGACUUCGAGACAUCCUACCACGCCAUCCUCGGCCGGCCUACUCUGGCUAAGUUCAUGGCUAUCCCGCACUACGUGUACCUCGUACUCAAGAUGCUCAGACCCAAGGGAGUACUCGCGUUGCAAGGAGAUCUGAAGCAUUCCUACGACUGCGACACAGAAGCCCUGGAGAUCACCUCGACUACUCCGGCCCCUAAAUCUAUGAUGCAGGUCUUCGCUGCAUCAAAAAAGCUUGCCCCCAGCGAACUCGAGAUUCCUGAGAAGAGCGACGGGGCAAACAAGGUCAAACCCACUGGUGAAGUCGCCCUUAAGGCCAUCGACCUCGGCAUCGGUGACAACAGCAAGACGACCAUGAUUGGGGCCGGCCUCGAGCCCAAAUAG